AUGAUCGAGGACCAUAUGGAGUAUGGGCAUUACUACCCAAAGAAGCUGGCAGGCUCCACGCUAACGCUUCCGCGGCAAGGGGUGAAGGAGCAGCAGUGGUCCCCCUACGCGGACAACGGCGGCACAGUCGCCGCCAUCGCUGGUAACAAUUACGUGAUUCUGGGCGGAGACACACGCCUGAAUGGUGACUUCUGCAUCCACACUCGUGACGACCUAUCAAAGUUGUUUCAGCUCACCGACCGUACAUUUCUCGCAUCAACAGGUAUGCAAGCGGACCGCCUUCAGCUUCAGCAGAUGCUGAAGUAUCGUAUUCAGUGGUACCAGUACAACAACGGUGGAAAAGUGCCUUCCACAAAGGCCAUUGCCAAACUUACCUCAACUAUGUUGUACCAGAGACGCUUCUUUCCGUACUACACGUUUAAUAUGAUCGUCGGUCUCGACGAAAGCGGCGCUGGUGUGUGCUACAGCUACGACCCUGUGGGAUCGACAGAGCCCCUUCGCUACGGCGCCUCCGGCUCUGCCAGUGGCUUUGUGCAGCCACUCAUGGACUGCCUGCUGACGCGCCAGCACAUGGUGCAACAGGCCCCGGCUGAGCUCAGCAUGACAGAGACCCUUGAGAUGCUUAAGAACGCCUUCACUGGAGCGGCUGAGCGUGACAUCUUCACCGGCGAUGCAGUAUGCUUCCACAUCAUCAUGGCGGAUGGCGUCCGGACUGAAAUCUUUGAACUACGCAAGGACUGA